AUGGUUCAAUUGGAACGUGACGAUGAAACUGUGGCUGAGACUGAAGAUGCGGUUGUUGAAUCAACCGAACAUCUGAGCAAGAAGGAAAUUAAGAUUGAACAUUGCUCUCCGGCAAAUUUUGCAAUUUCAGGAAUUGGAACGACGGAAGAAUCGAAACAAAAAGAAGAAAGAAUCCAAAAAGAAACGAAAAGACAAGGCCGAGCUGUCCGCUCCUCAAAACGGUGUAGAAUCUCCAUCAAAUUUUUGUGUGAUCUCUUAUCAGUUUUGUUUGUUUCAGAGCCGGAUACCGACAACGACGAUAUUACUGUAGACGUCGAAUAUGUGGGUGAAAUGCCAGAAGUGGAUCCCAAUGAUCCGAAUUUUCAGUACUUUGCAAAAAUCUUCGAGAAUUUCAAAAUAGCUGAAGAAGAGAAGAAAACUGAAACGACAACCACCCAAUUGGGUGCAUUUGAAGUGAAGAAAGAAGAAGAGCCAACGAAGGCGUCAAUUUCGGAGAAGAUUUUGCAAGAAGAGAUGAGCGAGAAACGUCGUCAGCAAGAGGAAGCUGGUGAAACGCAAAAACUGAGUCGUAGAAAGUUACGCAUUGCAAUGCAGCCAUCAAUAACUGAGCUUAAGGAGUCAACGGGUCGUCCGGACGUUGUGGAAUGGGCUGAUGUGACCUCAAGAGAUCCGCACUUGCUCGUCUCACUGAAAGCUUACCGCAAUACAGUGCCAGUUCCUCGUCACUGGAAUGCAAAGCGCAAAUAUUUAGCUGGUAAACGAGGUUUCGAAAGACCGCCAUUCGAUCUGCCUGAUUUUAUUAAACGUACCGGUAUUAUGGAAAUGCGGGAAACUAUGUGGGAAAAGGAAGACGCGCAAUCGCUGAAAGCAAAAAUGCGCGAACGUGCCAGACCGAAACUGGGGCGUAUCGAUAUUGAUUAUCAAAAGCUACACGACGCAUUCUUCAAAUGGCAAGUGAAACCAACAAUGACCCAAAUGGGUGAAUUGUAUUAUGAGGGUAAAGAGUUGGAGACGAUUAUGAAAGAGAAGAAACCGGGGAAUUUGAGUGAUGAACUUCGAAUUGCACUCGGAAUGCCGAUUGGACCGAAUGCCAGCAAAUUUCCACCGCCGUGGCUGAUUGCAAUGCAACGUUACGGACCGCCACCGUCGUAUCCGAAUCUGAAAGUUCCAGGAUUGAACUGUCCAAUACCAGAAGGAUGUGCGUUUGGGUAUCAUGCUGGUGGUUGGGGUAAACCACCGGUUGAUGAACAUGGUAAACCGUUGUACGGUGAUGUUUUCGGCAUUGAGGCACCGUCAAUGCCAGAGAUGGAUGAUGAAUCACGAAUCGAACGUCGCCAUUGGGGUGAAAUUGGAAGUGAUGAGGAUUCGAGUGAUGAAAGUGACGAGGACGAAGAGGAUUUGGCAGAUGGUACCGCUACUGAGACUGGUUUCAUUACACCAGCCACUACUGAAGGAUUCACGACACCAUCCGGAAUUACGUCUGGAGUACCAACAGGAGUGGAGACGCCGGAUACGAUUGAAUUGAGGAAGGGUAAACGGGUGGAAGAGAGUAUUGCUGGCGGGGACACACCAGCACCGCAACUCUACACGGUACUACAAGAACGAAAAGUGGAUCGUAUCGCUGGCCAGAUGUUGGCCAGUACGCACGUUUACGAUAUAUCGAAGAAAGCCGUACCAGCACCAGCUGCACAAGGUGGUGGAGGAGCUGGCGAAACGGGCGGUGUAGAGGUAUCACUGAAUCCAGAGGAUUUGGAUUUGGCCGACCAGAAGGGAUUGGAGAAGAAAUAUGAAGAGCAGUUGAGAAAGCAGACCAAAGGACGGAUGGAUGACGACGAAGACUUCUCGGAUAUGGUUGCAGAGCACUCGGCUAAACAAAAUCGUAAACGUAAAGCACAAGAGCAGAAGAAAGUCAGUCAACAACAACAACCGAAGAAGUAUAAGGAUUUCAAAUUUUGA